AGUUGGCUGUAUUUUUUUUUCAAUUUUUCUCUCUAACAGUUGGUCAUAACUGAAUUGCACUACUCACAUAAGAGACUAAAAAGAGACCUAAAAAAGUUCCAAUUUCGAAGCAGUAAUCACUUGAAAAUUUAUUUUCAUAUUUCAUAUACUGUGGUAGCAGGUUCUCUCGAUACUUCAUUUAAUCAUAUAUAACAUCAGUUAUCCUCAUAACAUGGGGAAAGGUCGCCACGGUUUACUUGACAAAGUUCGGAACACAGCAACUAUAUUUGGCACCUAACUUCACAUUGGUCAAUUUUCAUCUUCUUCUAACUGGAAUUUUCUAUACCUACCUUUCUUUAAAUCCGAACUUCAGAUUCCAGAUAAACCUCUAAAAAUGGAUGAAGCUAAAGAGGUGACAAUCUCCCUGAAGGAUGUCCACUUUAGACUGCAAACUGCUAGUUUGAAGGAAAGGAAACAACUCAUUCAAACCUUAAUUAAAUAUGUAAAAUCUCCCAAAAGUAUCGAUGGUAAUAAUAUCAAAGGGAUUUGCAAACUUCUACCAUUAACACUUCCAAGGUAUAAAGAUGGUCUUUCCCAGCAGCUUGUAGGAAACCUGAUAAUUUCUCUUCUUCAAAAACAUCCAGUGAUAGCGAUAAAAAAUAUAACAUCUUUCAUUGUAGAUGCUGCCGAUUAUUACAAGAAUAUUGUUGUCACAAGUAACAUAAGUAAGACUGCAUUGUUCGCAUUGAAUUGGUCCACGUUGUUAUUUUCACAUGGUUGGAAAAGUGAUCCUUUAACUUUGCUACCAUAUAUGACAUGGAUCAUUGAAUCACAAGCUGUUAUAUUAACCACAGUUCUCAAAGCUGGUAAUACAAAAAGGUCAAUGAAAGCCUUUAACAUGUUGAACGAAUCAUGGUCUCUUGAAAUUGACACUGAAAAGCUUUAUUUGGAUACUAUAAAAACAACUGAGAGCCGAUUUACAGUCGUUCUAGCAUCUAUGUUAGUUAAACGGAUGAUCAACUGCAAGAGCGAGCUUUUAGAAGUUUAUUUGAACCAACUAAUUGACUCCUUUAUAAAUAAUUUCAUCAGCUGCAAAACUAGAUCUUCACCUGAAUUGAUAGUAGCUUGCUAUCCUCUCUUAUCCCAAGUAAAUGAGGAUUUAUUCAAGAAGAAGUUAUUACCUGCAUUACAAAAAGCAAUGUUGAGAAACCCAGAAAUAAUUCUUGAUGUUGUUGGUUUAGUUUUAUCAGGUAUUAAUCUUGAUUUGAGUGAUUCUGCAUAUGAAAUUGGAACAAGUCUGAUAGUGAAUUUACAUAUAAAAGACGAUGACGCUAGGAAAGAUGCAGCAAAUGCUUGUAAACGCCUUGCAGAAAAAAUAAAAAGUGAAAAGAAACUUGAAGAAUUAUUAGAGAAAACAUUUGCUGUAUUCCAUGGAUCUGAUGGCAAGUUAACUGUUGUUGAUCAUAAAAUUAGUGUUCUACAGGGUGCAGGAAACUUCAGCUAUAACAAUGUGAAAGGCGAAGAUUUGCAAUAUUUGAUUGGUACUGCUUCAGAUCAUUUUAGAAAAGUUUUGGAAAUUGAAGUGCAUGAGAAAACUUUGUGUUUUGCUUUGGAUAUGAUGGCUUUAUGGACGUCAAAAUUGACCACAGAAGUUCCAAAAAAGAUUAUUGAAGGUUUUAAGAACGGACUGGGAUUGAAAACAUCAACUCCUUUAGUGAGGAUAUCUUACAUUCAAACCAUGCUUGCAACCUUCAAUACCAAAACUAUACCCCAAGCAUGUACAAUUAUAUCCAUUUUGCUGAAGUUGGUGGACAAAGCUGUAUCACAGGCAACUAAUGUAUUGUCAGUUUCUGAAGGCGUUUGUGCUGCACUACUACUUCUUAAACUAUCACAUGCCAAUCAAGAAAAAAAUAAUGGUUUUCAAAGUAUGUGGAUGGCUAUUCUCGAUAUGGAUAAACAAGUGUUUGUAUCGGAAAAAUACUUGACAACUUGUGCAGAAGAAAGUCUUAUAUAUGUUAUGCAACUCUGUGAAUUUCUCUUGGUGGUUUAUCCCGAAAAAUUGAAAAAACCUGAACCAAUUCUAAGGGCUGUUCUAUAUUGCACAACACACUCUUCACCUGCAACAAGAAGAAAAUGUUUAGAUAUUUUGAAGAAAAUCGUUGAAAGCCUUAGUGGAGUGACUAUUGCAAGAUCUAUUCUCAAGGAGCUUCAAAAGUUUCUCAUCACCAAGAAGGUUUUAUCAAAAUCAGAACACGAAAAUAAAAAAGAAAAUGAUAGCAACUAUUAUAUAUCUUCCCAUUCUCUGGUUGAAUGUAUCAAAACUUUAUGUUCCUCUCCAGGAUUGACACCAGAAGAUGUGCAUUUGUUGGCUAUAGACUCUUUAAUACCUGCUCAUCACCCUUCUAUAGUUACUUCGUCGCCAGACUUGUGGAUAAAAAUCGUCAAACGCUUAGGUUGCAAACCUAAAGAUUUGAUUGCUCAGCAGGCAUCACAUUUUCGGAAUAUUCUGGUUGACAACUAUAAUAGUGAACCUAUGAACGAAUAUUCUCUUUCAACCCUGCUUUCAAUCAAUGCGGAUAUAUUAUUGCCUUAUAUGGUUAGUAGAGUAAUACAACAAUUAGAAGAUCCCAGAAUGUGUCAAAUUUCCAAAGAUGACUACUUCACCUUUUUAACUCCGGACGGUGAACUAUAUGACAAGAGCGUUUUGCCCGGGUCUGAUAAUAACGCUGAAAUAAAUCUGAAAAGAGAAAGCAAAGUUUACAGCUAUAAUGAACAAAUCGAAGAACUACAGUUGCGCAGAGAACUAGAAGAGAAAAAAAGAAAAGAGGGUAAAAUUAAACCACCACAAUACACUUCAAAACAAUUGGAAGCUAUAAAGAAUCAAAAACUUAAGGAACAAGCAAUUCGAGACAGAUUAAGAGAGUUGAACAAGAUUAUCUUGGAUUGCAUAUCCAUGAUAACUGCAGCGGCUAGGGGAAAUCCACUCCAAUUAUCACUACAUUUCAAGAACCUGCUACCAUCUUUGCUUCAAGACUUGCAGUCUCCCCUAGCCGCACCACACAUCUGCAAGCUUUUUGUCAGCUUAAGGAAGACUGUAUUUCCCAAACAUUUGGAUCACCUUGGUGAACGAAUAGCUUGGAUAACCCUCAGGCUGAUUAAACCCCAGUGUGAUUUAGAUGCCGACUGGGAGUCGGAAGAAAUAGGCUAUGCCGCGAAUCGUGCUGUAACAAUGAUACAUGAUGAGACAGUACCCAACAGGAUUAUAGAAACAAGCUCUCAAAAGCCUUUCACCAUACCAACAUUUACCUAUUCUUUUUCAUUACUAAAAUACAGCAUGAUGACCGAUUUUGCCAGGAAUCACGAAGAUUUUAUGUUCGCCGCAUUACAGAUUAUUUCAGAACAUGCUAAACUUAGAGGAAAGGAGGAAAAUGGUGUUAUAGAUGUUUACCAUCCUUGCUACCUACCUACCAGGCAGAUUUUCAGUCUUUUAGUGGAUACGAUAAACAACACUUCUGGUAGGAUUCAGUCUCAGUGUGAAGCAAGCCUUCUUGAAGUAGCGCGAUGUGUGAGUGGUCAGCCAGGGUGUGCUAAAGCAACUUUAGAUGAAAUUGAUGUAUUACUGGGUGCUCUACAGAGCCCUGCUGUAGUGGUCAGAGAUGCAGCUUUGAGAAGCCUUAUAAUAGAUAUUGCUUCACUUCCUAAUUCAGAGAGCGACUUUGAAAAUAGUUUGAAAGUUUGUAAAAGAGUUUGGAUAGCCACCUUCGAUGAAAAUGAAGAAAAUCGGCAAUUGGCAGAAAAGUUAUGGAAAUUGGGAAAUAUGAAUUUCCCUGUGAAUCUUGCUAAAGAAUUAAUGAAUGAUAUUGAGCACCCUGUAGAAUGUGUUCAGACUGCAGCGGCAAAGGCUUUGACUGCACUUUUAGAAACUGACAUUGAACAAGUUGAAAGUAUUUUGGAAAGUUUGAUGCAGCUUUACAAGGAUAGAUUAAAGAUGAUUCCUGCCAAAAUGGAUGAGUUUGGCAGAGAGGUUGAAAAAGCUGUAGAUACAUGGUUUCCUAGAAGAGGUGUUGCUGUAGCUUUGGCAGAGUUAGCACCACUGAUAACGCCUGAGCUCAUCGGAAAUUUGGUGCACUUUUUUGUGUUUUCAUCACUUGGAGACAGAAACGAAAAUGUGAGAAAGGAAAUGUUGAAUGCGGCCCUGAGGGUGGUUAAUUUACAUGGAAAGGAAACAGUUGGUACUCUUUGGCCUGAAUUUGAUGAUUUCAUGGGGAAGUCAUCGAAGGCAUCAUCAUAUGAUGCUGUUAAACAGGCAGUUGUGAUUCUGAUGGGUUGUUUGGCAAGGCAUUUAGAUAAAGAUGAUGAAAGAAUCAAACCUAUUGUCAUACGAUUGAUACAAGCUCUUUCCACUCCAUCACAAACGGUUCAAGAAGCAGUAUCGAACUGUUUACCUCCCCUAAUUCCAUCUGUGAAAGAUGAAGCUCCAGGCUUUGUGAACAAAUUGUUACAUCAAUUACUAAAAGGGGACAAAUAUGGUGAACGUAAAGGUGCUGCUUAUGGACUAGCUGGUUUAGUGAAAGGUAUGGGAAUACUUGCCCUGAAACAACAUGACAUUAUGACCAAGUUGACAGAGGCAAUUCAAGAUAAGAAGAACUAUAAACAUAGAGAAGGUGCUCUUUUUGCUUUUGAAAUGUUAUUUCAAAUGUUGGGAAAAUUAUUUGAACCCUAUAUUGUCCAUGUUUUACCACAUUUAUUACAAUGUUUUGGCGAUACAAGUCACUACGUUCGUACUGCAGCUGAUGAUACUGCCAAAGUUGUAAUGAGUAAACUUUCUGGACAUGGUGUCAAGUUAGUUCUUCCUUCUCUUUUGGAUGCUUUGGAGGAAGAUUCUUGGAGAACCAAGACUGGAUCUGUUGAACUAUUGGGUGCAAUGGCAUAUUGUGCCCCGAAACAAUUAUCCUCCUGCCUUCCAAGUAUUGUACCGAAACUGAUAGAGGUAUUGAGCGAUUCUCACAUGAAAGUUCAGGAAGCUGGAGCAGCAGCUUUGAAAGUUAUUGGUUCUGUUAUCAGAAAUCCGGAAAUUCAAGCGAUUGUACCAGUUCUUCUAAAAGCCCUCCAGAAUCCAUCCAAUAGAACCUCAAUCUGUCUGCAAACACUCUUAGAUACUCAGUUUGUUCAUUUCAUUGAUGCUCCGUCUCUAGCUCUUAUAAUGCCAGUUGUUCAACGGGCAUUCAUGGACAGAUCUACGGAAACUCGCAAGAUGGCCGCCCAAAUCAUUGGCAAUAUGUAUUCGUUAACCGAUCAGAAGGAUUUGAUGCCAUACUUGCCCACCAUCAUACCUGGCUUGAAAACUUCCCUAUUGGAUCCAGUACCGGAAGUUAGAUCAGUGAGUGCUAGAGCUUUAGGAGCUAUGGUGAGAGGAAUGGGUGAAUCGAGCUUUGAAGAUCUGCUUCCUUGGCUUAUGACUACACUCACUUCUGAAACCAGUUCUGUGGAUCGGUCUGGUGCUGCUCAAGGGCUCUCAGAAGUCGUUGGAGGACUUGGUGUAGAAAAACUUCAUAAGCUCAUGCCAGAAAUCAUUAGCACCGCUGAACGUACUGAUAUAGCUCCUCAUGUGAAAGAUGGCUACAUAAUGAUGUUCAUUUACAUGCCGGUGGUAUUUACCGAAGAGUUCACACCUUAUAUUGGACAGAUUAUAAAUCCGAUUUUAAAAGCUCUAGCAGAUGAGAACGAAUAUGUUAGAGAUACAGCUCUCAAAGCAGGUCAACGAAUUGUAACGCUUUAUGCAGAUUCAGCUAUUUUACUGCUAUUGCCGGAGCUGGAAAAAGGAUUAUUUGAUGAUAACUGGAGAAUACGAUACAGCUCUGUACAGCUUCUUGGUGAUCUUCUCUACCGGAUAUCAGGUGUUACAGGAAAAAUGAGUACUGAAACUGCCAGUGAAGAUGAUAACUUCGGUACAGAACAAUCCCAUAUGGCAAUUAUUAGAUCUCUUGGUGCUGAACGUCGUAAUCGUGUAUUAGCUGGUCUUUAUAUGGGACGGUCGGAUGUUGCAUUGAUGGUCAGACAAGCUGCAUUGCAUGUGUGGAAGGUGGUUGUAACAAAUACUCCUAGGACCCUCCGAGAAAUAUUGCCAACUCUUUUCAGUCUUUUACUUGGGUAAGUUGAAAAGCCAAAACCAUUUUGGAAGGAACUAAUUACUAGUUUCUUUAUAAAAUAAUAUCUGAUUUGAAUAGGUUUCCAUUAUUUUUUUUAUUUAUAUCCUUUGAUACGUUAACAUUUAGAGCGCGGGCUACAAUCUGAUCGAGCUGAUCAAAGACAGGGAGUAUGCAUUGGCCUUUCAGAGAUAAUGGCUUCCACUUCCAAAGACAUGGUUCUUACUUUCGUGAAUUCAUUGGUGCCAACAGUAAGGAAAGCCUUGUGUGAUCCUCUUCCAGAAGUCAGACAGGCUGCAGCUAAAACAUUCGACAGCCUGCAUUCAACAGUAGGAGCAAGGGCACUUGAUGAUAUUUUACCUACCUUACUGAAUCAACUGAAUCAUGAGGAUCCCAAUGUGGCAGAAUGGACAUUAGACGGAUUAAGACAGGUUAUGUCAAUCAAAUCCCGAGUCGUAUUACCUUACUUAGUGCCCCAAUUGACUGCACCCCCUGCCAAUACAAAAGCGUUGGCAAUUUUGGCAACUGUGGCUGGAGAUGCAUUGAAUAAAUACCUACCCCGGAUUCUGCCUGCUCUUCAGACAGCUCUAGCCUUAUCCAGAGGUACUCCUGCUGAAGCAGAGCAAAUGGAGUAUUGUCAUUCAGUUGUGUUGUCAGUAGUGGAUGAGGUAGGGGUUAGGACAAUUAUUGAUACAAUGUUGGAAAAUUCAAGAACUGAUAAUCCUGAUCAAAGAAGGGCAGCAGCUACGUUAUUAUGCGGUUUUUGUGCCAAUUCAAAAGCUCAGUAUUCUGCCUAUAUUCCUCAGUUACUAAGAGGACUCAUUCACCUCUGCACUGAUUCUGAUAAGGAUGUCCUGCAGAUGUCCUGGGAAGCACUGAACGCCGUUACAAAAACUCUGGAACCAAAACAGCAAGCCACUUAUGUAUCAGAUGUUCGUCAAGCUGUCCGUUAUGCAAUGUCGGACAUGAAAGGUACAUCUGACCUUUUGCCAGGAUUCUGUUUGCCGAAGGGAAUUGCUCCAAUUCUUCCCAUUUUUCGGGAGGCAAUCUUAAAUGGAGAUGGAGAUGAAAAAGAGACAGCGGCUCAAGGUCUGGGUGAGAUUAUCAAGGUUACCAGUGCAUCAGCCUUGCAACCAAGUGUUGUUGCUAUUACUGGUCCUCUUAUCAGAAUUUUAGGAGACAGGUUUAGUGCUAAUGUUAAGACUGCUGUUUUGGAAGCUCUGGCCAUUUUGUUAGCUAAGGUUGGAAUAAUGCUGAAACAGUUUCUGCCGCAGCUACAAACCACAUUCGUUAAAUCAUUGAAUGAUCCUAAUCGAUCAGUUAGGUUGAAAUCUGCUACAGCUUUGAGUCAUCUUAUUGGAAUCCACCAAAGAGCAGAUCCACUUUUCACAGAUUUACAUAAUACAAUAAAAAAUACGGAGGAUAUAACAAUUAGGGAAACUACUUUACAUGCACUGAGAGGUAUUAUAACACCAGCUGGUGAUAAAAUGUCUGAACCUGUCAAAAAGCAAAUACAUACAACAUUGGUAACAUAUUUAGGAGUACCAGAAGAUUCUGUUAGAAGAUGUGCUGCAGGUUGUUUGGGGGCUAUGUGCAAAUACCUCUCACCUGAGCAGUUGGAUACCACAUUAAAUGAGUAUAUUUUGUGUGAUGAUAGUUCCUUCAACAACACUUUACGAGAAGGCCUAAGUUCGGCGCUGUCAGUGGCUUUGAAAGAAUCCCCUGAAAGUUUAUGGGACGAACAGUACAGGAAAAAACUAAUUCAAACACUUUUAAGUCAGCUAUCAUCCCAGUCCAUUACUAUAACGCAGACUGCAAUCAGGUCUUGUGGUUAUUUGUUAAAGUAUCUGCUAUUGAACGAUGAAACCAUUCCUCACACUUUGUUGGUUCCUUUUGUUAGGACAAUGAACAACAAUAGUAACGAUGUAAAACAACUACUAGCUAGAGUUUCAUUUCAUUUGGCCAAAAUAAUUCCACCAGAGAAAAUGUCGUCAGACCUUCUCAAAUUACUUCUGCCUACAUUGGUGAAUGGCACUAAAGAAAAGAAUAUUUAUGUCAAGGCCAAUUCAGAAAUUGCCUUAAUUGCUAUACUUCGACUCAAGGAUGGAGAUACAAUGUAUCAGAGAUGUUUGGGGAUUCUAGAUCUUGGAGCAAGAGAAGCUUUAUCUGAUGUUGUGAGCAAAGUCCUGAAAAAAAUAUUAUCCCAACCAGAAGGAAAAGAAGAAGAAUUAGAUGACACAUUACUGACUUGAUCAUUACAUUUAACCCUUACAGUGUUUCCAAAAGUCGCUAAGUGCGAAAUUUUAUUUUUUAUUUUGGGUAUUUAUAUUAUCCAUGUUGUUAAGAAGUUUGUAAGAAAUAAAGUCAUGACGUGUAAUAGA